AUGAGCUGGCACAGCAUCCUCGGUGUUGCUUUCGAUGCUGGCUACUCUGACAUUCGCGCUGCAUUCAAGCGGCGUGUACUGGAGGCUCACCCCGACAAGGGAGGCAGCGCACAUGAAUUUCAAGAGAUUAUGUUCGCGUUUGAGAAAGCGACAUGUGCUGUGCCUACCGACGGCUCCGUCGCGCGGAAAGCUGCAUCUACUACACGUUCUUCCCAAGCAAAGGUGCCUAGCACCAGCUGUCGCUUUGUCGGUCGGUUCUCACGAUUCUCGAAGGUGCCGCGGGGCAACUGCAGUGUGCGGCAGUCCUGGAACGCUGCGAAGCAACAAUCAAAGCCCACGAAGGAAGCAUCUACAUCGACGGGCCCUCGUUUCGGGGGACCAUGGAGCAAACAGCGCAUCCUUCGCCAAUUGCAUGCAUGUCUGCAGCGAUUGCCUCGUGCGGACCGCCAAGUUGCCCUGAAGAAGCAUCUCAAGCAGCGUCACCGUUUGGAGCUGGAGACUUGGAUAACUUCACACCCGAUGCGGGACAGCGUGUGCCGGACUCCAGCUGAGAGGAUGUCAGGCGUUGCUGUUUUCGGUGGUGAUGUUGCUGAACUUCCUGCGGGCGGAGCGGAUGACAACGGAGAAAUGCUCCUCGCAAUCGCGGAUGUAUCUGAGCACUUCGACGUCCAAGAAGUUGAUGCAGAUGUUGUACCCGAUACAGGUCAGCGACUGCGGAAAGGGAUUAUUCGGCGGAAUAUCAAGCGCCUGAAACAUGACCCGCUGUAUGUCGUCCUUGUCGUAAUCAACAAUCUGGAGCUGUUCUCGGCAGGCACGAAUGACUUGGCAAAGGCAGUUGACCUGCACAUUGCACUGACAUCACUCAAGCGGCGUAUCACCAAGAAUCCUGCUCUGAUGUCGAGAUUCGAUGCUGAAGUGGUACAUGCCCUGCAGGAGCAGGAUAUUUCCACCAGCCAGGCUCGGCUGAGUCUGCGCAUUCACUUCCCUGUGCAUCACUGGACAGGACGGCACCUGCGAUCUCCAACUUACCCAUGGGCCGAAGUGCAAGCGACACUGGCAGCGUGGAAGACGAUGCAACGAGCCAGACUUGAGUACAGCGGCUUGGGUGCCAAGAAGGGUGGCGUGUUUUUUCUUCACACGCCUGCUUCUGUCGAAAGCGCGUGGCGCACGAUUUCAAGGAUUUACAUCGACACGUGGGUGGCCGCAGGUUGGGACGAUCAAGACCUUCAGACUCAAGUGGACUCGAUGCGAAGAGCUCACGCCACUAGCAGUUGCUGCCAGUUGACGGUUUGGAAUCAGUACAGGAUGGAGUGCGAGGAUCGCAGGCAUCGUUUGCUUGAGCGUUUAAUGCGGCAAUCAGAAGCACGGGAAAGGCGAGAACUGGCUCGAGAAGACCGACGAGCUGCGCAGAUGGAAGCGAAGACUCGCCGACUUCUAAGCCAGGUCGAUCGCUUGAUCGUUCGAUGGGAAGAAAGACGAGCAAAAGACAGGAUGACAAAGUCGCGCCGUCAGAAGAGAUGGGCAUGGCCGUCGUUAAUCGUGGAUGCUCGCCGGCUUCAGUUGUCGAACAAGGGCUGCGCUCGCUCGCCAGCCGUCUGGACGAUUCACAAGAACAUGAGCUCACAAACCAGCAGAGCAGCAGGACCAGUGGGUGGGGAUGGAGCUUUUCCAUCCUUGCCGCGCCGACGUCCACACCCGGCGCAACACACUAGCGCGAUGAAAGACCGUGCAGCCGCUUUAGGCCCUGUGCACAGUUCUGCAAUCAGUUUCCGUAGGCAUCGAAGCCCGGUGCAGCGAACUUGCGACGACUCUCAAGGAGCAUAUGUUGGACUCUGCACCUUCAGCGUCGAAGGUGGAUGCACGGCGGAGCUACACGCCAGGCUGGAAGUUCAAUUGGCCGGAGCCUUUCAGCGCAAUGCAGGGCAAGGCCACAUUGCCGAGAGCGAUUAUGACAUCCUGCGCCACGUGCCGAGGUGGGAGAUGAAAGGUGUGCCCCUGAGGCUCGAGGUUGGGCCCAAAGACAUGGCCCAAGGAACCUGCCGCAUGGUUUGCCGCUUGGACGGCUCGAAGAAGGAUGUAGAGCAGUGCAAGCUUGCCACUUGCAUCCCCGCAGAGCUCCAGCGGAUCCAUGAAGCCAUGCUCGAGAAGGCGACCCGGGACAGGGAUGAGGGAAUUGCCACCGUCGCGCAUUGGGACGAGGUUGUGCCAAUGCUAAACCAGCGGAAGCUGAUCAUGGCCCCGUGGUGCGAGUCUGCCGCUGAUUCAACCUCCAAUGCCACCUGGAACGAAGUGCUUCGUGACCGGAACUACAACACAAGCAUGACUCACCACGACUAUGACGGUCUCCUCUUGUUGCAGGAGGGGCAUCCCUGGGAAUGCUUAGCAGCGCAGUUGGGCGUGGCCGAAGGAUUGAACAACUGGCUCGUGGCAUGGGGAGUGCAUUUGGGCAUGGCAACGAAAGCGUACCAAGUCGACGUCAGCCUCCAACGGCAGGCAGACGAUGACAGCCAGGCCAACCAACGCAUGCAAACGUCUCGACGGAAAACUCUGCCGGACCAGUGGCGCCGGGUGUGCCACGGGCGCUGCUUGAGCAACCGGCAUGUACUUGACGUGUUUUUCUUCGAAGCGGGACACCGAUCUUUGCUUCCGACCCGAGAUGUGACAAAGGUACUGGUCGGCUCGUCUGUGGUACCCUGGCAUGGCUUCCAGAGCCAGUCGGAGUACAAGGUUUGCAAAGUGUCGGAGGAUGCCUUGCCCCUUGUGGCGAGUGCAGUCCUUGAGGCCUGCGCCGGGGCCCAGGUGCUGUCCAUUCCUGUGCAGGUCGAUGCAGAUGACUCUUUGCCGUUCCAAGCUCGGAAAAGCAACGUCUUGCACGUGAUCGGCUUCAGCUUCCUACUGCGCCAUUUUAAUGCGGCCGUCGCCGCAUCCACGGAGUUUCCGGAUUCCCGGGACACGGGCCUCGUGUGGAGUGCCGUUUCAGUGAAGUUUGCAGGCUGGCAGCUGCCGCUGAAGGACUUCCUACUUGCGAGAAUAUUUUCCAUUGUGAGCGUGAUCCUGCGAGACCUCACAGGCAAGGCAAUGCGCCUAAUCGUCCUUUCUUCAGCCAGCCUUUUGGAGGUGCUUGUACUUCUGCUUUGUCUGCUUCCUUGCAUCACAAGUCCGCGUGUGUUUUCGGACCAGAUCGGGCAAAGCUUUGCGGCGGUGCGACGCUGGCUGCUGAUGCAAGCAGAAGCGCAGGACUGUCCCAACGCCGCUGGCCUCGACAGCAGGGUGCUCGUCUGCCCCCUGUGCUGCCAGAGCAUUCGCAUGGAAGUGGGCGAGGAUCCAAACCUGACAUGGGAAAGACACGUGCAGACCGGCUGCACCAACCCCUCAGGCAGUCAGACAAGAGCAAAGAAGGCAAGGUGUCCGGUUGCCGGCUGUCGAGAGAUUCUCUCCGCCAGCAACAGCGUUGUGUGCAGACGCUGCCACCAGAAGGUUUGUUUGAAGCACCGCUUUGAGGAGGAGCACGCGUGUUCCGGCUCGGCGGCAUCCAAGCCAAUACCGACGGCUUCGAAGCCACCACCGGCACCGGCUGGCUGGCAGUGCGGUCGAUGUACACUGGUGAACCCUGCGAGUGCCACGGAGUGCGCCGCCUGCGGAGCGUCGCCUACUCGCAGCGUGCCUUCAACAGCGGGAGGAGCAGGGUGGAGAUGCAGUCGAUGCACGUUGGACAACGCAAGCGCCGCCGCUACCUGCGAAGCCUGUGGAGCAAGCCGCCCUGCCGCGCUGGGUCGUGGCCAACUCACGGCGUCCGACUCCACCAAGGCAGAGCGAUGGCGGAUGUGCGUACGCGCCGACGAGCAGACGCUUCUAGUGGAGUUUCCAGACCCGCAAAGCGGGGAAGGCAAGUGGAUGCAAUCCACUUGUGAGUUUCGACGAGGACAGGGAAUAGUCUUCUUAUCGCUUCUCGCGGCGUCGCCCCCAAGCGCAUGGCAGAAGGUCUUCAGUGACGUGAUGCACUUGGAGCAAGAGUUGGCGGGCCUGGACGUGUCGGCACGGAAGCUGACGGCGAUCCCCAACAGAUCGUGUUGCGACCUGGCAUAUUGGUGCCUGCUGAAGUCAAGGCAGGCACUCUGGCACUUCACGGCCAUGCCAAUGACGUCCAACAUCGACUGGCUAACGGACGCUGUGAAAGAGUGCAACAGCACUGCAGCAGGCCAACUGCCGUCUUGUGUAGCACUCGUUGGUCGCGACCCAAGGUCCUCCAGGCUGUGGCAAGACAUCCAUGCUGCAGUGCCUGAAGUGUUGCCGAUGUCCAUUCCACAGCUGAUCAAUUCUGGCAUAGGCGACACACAGUUGGCUGUGCGAAGGCUCUUCGAAUCGGCACAGCUGCAGCCUUCCUGCGUCACCUUGGAUGAUGCAGACGAUCUGUUCUUGCAGGCCUCGUUUGACAGCUGUAACCACGGUGUCUCUGAUCUCCUCGUCGAGCUUGUCCAUAUGCUGGACACAUGCUGCUCACGAAGACUGCUUUUCAUUCUUACGUGCUCGACGCAACGGAUCCCUCCUUCCCUGGCAUGCCGCUUGCAUUUCUUCAGCCUGAACGCCUGA